AAGAAAUGGAAUACGCUGAGUGACUUUUACUUCUGUGUAUCUGAGCCGACUGCAGCAGAACGACAUGAAUGGACAGAUCUCGAAUCGCAAUAUUUCCCCGCAUUAGAGGGCCACAAUUAUCCGUCUUUGCAGAGCCCGGAUAUUACAUGCGAGCUCACUCCAUCUCAAGCGGAACAUACGAAUGGUUUCUUUGUAUCUCAGCCACAGGACCUCGGAAAUGUAUCGCAAUGGCUCGAUGGCUCUUAUCGUCCGCCAAAGCCGUGCAGUCAUUGUCGCAGACAUCGGUUGCAGUGCCUAGUGAUACGCACAUCUCCCGUGAAUCCCAAUCCGCUCGCUUCCUGCUCGAGCUGCGCAGCUUUAUUCCGAGAAUGCAGUCUCUCCAAAGGGGAGAAGCGUCUGCCAUCGGGCUUCGAAACGUCGGCCCCCGUUUUGGGACAUUUACAUGGUCUCCCGGAGAACACAGAGAACGACAUUGGCCAGCCGAUACCCAGCGUGGAACCAAUAGAGGACCGCAAAGAAUCUAAACAGUUCGUUCGCAAAGGGGCUAGGGCCUUACGAGAGUGGUUUUAUCAAAACCAAGAGAACCCAUACCCCAAUGAAUCCCAAAAGAUCCAACUAGCCCAGGAGACUGGGUUUUCACAGCGACGAAUUUCGACCUGGUUUGCAAAUGCUCGCCGUCGACAGAAGCAGAAAACCCAUAUAUCAAACUUUACCUCUAAUUCUCGACCAAGGGCUGGUUCUCCAUUAAUAACAAGCACGCUAAGUUCGCUGACUCCAAUGGAAAGAUGGAAAGCCUCUCCUCCAGACGAGGACCCUGUACCAGAAUCUGUCAUUCAAGAUGCAAUUGCCACUGGGACAGAUCCGUUCCAGCUCGACGGGUCAGUUUUGGAUCUACUGAAUAUUGACGGAGAAUCCUCCCAUCUGGCCUCUUCGGUUUCCAGCUUUGGAAGCCGCGCAUCAGAGACCUCUGAGAGUGGCUCCUCCGCAUGGAGCCAUCAGUCCGGCGAGAAUAACCUCCCGUUCCCGCUGCUCCCUAAGAAAUCGGCAUCUCGACGCAAGCGAGAGUCCCAGUCGGAAGACAAUCAAUACCAAUGCACCUUUUGCACCCAGUCAUUCAAAAAGAGACACGACUGGGCGCGGCACGAGAAAAGUGUACAUCUCCGCCUCGAUUCAUGGAUCUGCAGCCCCAACUUAGACGAACUCCAAAACGACUGGAGUACCACAUUAGCCGAGUGCAAGUUCUGCGAUACACCACUUCCGGCCCCAGCGCACUGGGAGGAGCACGAAUUCGAUAUCUGUGCAGGAAAACCGGUUUCAGAACGAUCCUUCAGCCGAAAGGACUAUUUAUGGCAGCAUCUGCGCAAGUUCCAUGGCUGUACGAAGACGCCCGUCCCGGACCUGAAUGCCUGGCGAGGUACUGGCGGCAACGUGCAAAGCCGCUGUGGAUUCUGUGACUGCACUUUGUCGACCUGGGCGUCUCGCUCAGAGCAUCUAGCCGACCAUUUUAGAAACGGAGCUCGUAUGAGCCAUUGGGUGGGGGAUUGGGGGCUGGAUCCAACAGCGAUGGGGGCGCUCCGGAAUGCUGUCUUGCCAUGGCAGCGAUCACUAGCCACUUAA